UGUCUUGUUUGGUACUGGAACUACAUUAAAUUAUUAGGUUAGAAUUAGUAACCUAACCUAACGUAGUGUAGAUUGCAUUGUUGACUAAAAGUAAUUAUUGACUUUGUGAUUUUUAUUUCAAAUGUGGUGUGAAAAUGAAUCAAUUCAUAUUAAAUAACCAUUACCUAUAGGUUUUUAAUGACAAAUGUCAGUCAUAGCUUCAACAUAAAUUUCGAUAACUUGCGUUUGUUAUUUCGACCAAAAGCCAGUAAACUCAAGGUUCAAUGGCUUGCAGAAAUAUUAACUCUAACAUUCUAUUUGGUAUAUUUCGGAGAUUACAUCUUAGAAAUUUGAGCUGUACAGCUGCAGUUGCUCCAGAACUGGAUGCUGCUGUGAAACAUGACAUUGAAACUGAUAAAAUAAAGCCCCGGAAACAUCCAGGUGUUAUAAAAUUUAGGACAUGUUCACUCCCAAAUGAAAUCAUAAAAGCUGUUAGUGUUGUGGCAGAAGAUCAUCCAGUAAAAACAAUUCUCAAUGAUGCCAAAAUGCUUGCAAACUACUUGUACUCUCGACACUAUCCAUGGGAUGAAGAGGAUUUGGAAGAGAGACGGAAAGACUUCGUUGAAAAUGUCAAGUCUAGAAUUGGUGAGCUACCGCUAGAUGCCAGUGAAGAGCAAACUUAUCACUACACAAGUCUUGUCCGGUCCAGUGUGGAGCACCUGAUGAACAAGUACCGCUACCGUUGGAGUGCCCUGAAUCUGCAUCAGUAUUCCUGCUUGGUUUAUCUGUUCACACGUGCUGCACCCAACUAUGCAGUUGUUUCCAGAGUGCUGGGGGAAAUCACCAAACUCCACCCAGACUAUCGGCCGACUAGCCUCUUCGACUUUGGCUCGGGUAUUGGAUCUGUGUCCUGGGCUGCCAAAAGUUAUUGGGGUGACUCAUUGAAGGAGUACAUGAACAUUGACAGUUCCAGUAGUAUGAAUGAUUUGGCAGCACUGCUGUUGCAAGGAGGACGUAGUGAGGCGAGGACACCACGAGGCGUAUUCUACCGUGAGUUCCUUCCUGCCCAGCAUACAAAAUAUAGUGUAGUGGUGAGUGCUCACUCACUGAUGGAGCUGCCGUCCCGUGACAGUCGACUCUCUGUGCUGCUCAACUUGUGGCAGAAGACUGAGGAUUUCCUCAUUGUGGUUGAGCAGGGAACCAAGCCUGGAUUCAAGGUGGUUGUAGAAGCAAGGGAUUUCAUUCUCUCACUGUCUACUGAGGAAAGUCCUGCUCAUGUUUUUGCUCCUUGUCCCCACGAUAUGGCCUGCCCUCGGUUUCUAAGAGGCCCCUACCCAUGCCACUUUCAAGUUUCAUACUUUGAUCUCUCUGUGGGAAAAAAACAAGAAAUAAAAAAGGAGUUGUUGUCAUACAUCGUAAUAAGGAAAGGCAGGAGAAAGGUAGACCAUGAUUGGCCGAGAGUGGUGCGUCCUGUGCUGAAACGCCACAACCAUGUCAUCUGCCGCAUGUGCACUGCCAAUGGAGACUUGCGUGAAGUUAUCUUCACAAAAAACAGACAUGGCAAGACGCUGUACAAAUGUGCAAAGGUGACGGGUUGGGGUGAUCGUCUGCCUGUGGACCUCACCCCUUCUGUUGAUUCAGAGCAGGAUUCUUCUCAUGAGAACUUUCAAGAUGGUAGUGACACAGUAAAACCUGAUUAGUUAUAUUGUUAAUAAAUACAUUAAUUUGUCAUGUA